AGCACAAACACAAGCAUACAGAAAAAAUCACACAUGGGACUGAAGUAGAUUUUUACGGUAUUUUCUUGGACGUUGUAAACGGUCUAAAUUUUGACCAAAUCGACUCACCAGACAAAUUUAAGAUAGGAAUUUGACUUCCAGAUGUUUCAGAGAUAUACUUCGAUAUGAACCUUCUGUCUGUGACUUUCAGACUCAUGUCAAAUAAUUUUUUUACCAUUGACAAUUUAGGGAUGGGAGCUGCCAUUUUGAAUAUCCCAUAAGCCAUUGCAAGGAUUUUUCUUCUCGCACGUGACCUUUGUGUUUCAAAAGAAGAAGCAUGAUUGGCCAAUUGUCGCUGACUCCUCGUAAAGCUAACUUGUUAUUGGAUAAAACACGAUUGCAGCCAUUUUUAAAUAACAAUUGUGCAUAAUCAACUUCCGCAUUUAUCGCGAUCGCAUCGCACACACAAAGCCUAAUCAGCAGUCAGCUCAGCCUAGUUCAGUCAGACAUUACCAGACACGGAACAGUGAAAUAUAAUUAUCUCAAAUGGCGUCCCAGAAUUUAGACCCUGCUUUAGCUAUUGCUGCACAAAGGAGAAAAGACAAAUCUUGUAAUUCACCUAGCAAAAAAGAUGGGCAUUCCGUCAGUCUACGAUUGCAAAAAGAACUGCGGACCCUCAUGUUGACUUGUAUGGGGAAAGGAAUUACAGCGUUUCCAGAUGGUGAUAACAUAUUCAGAUGGAUUGGAACUGUAGAUGGACCUGUUGGAUCGGUUUAUGAAUCUCUAAAGUUCAAGCUUUCUCUAGAGUUCCCAUCACGUUACCCAUAUGUUGCUCCAACAGUCAAAUUUGUUACCCCAAUAUUUCAUCCAAACGUCGACCAAGAUGGCAAUAUAUGUUUAGACAUCCUAAAAGAAAAGUGGUCAGCGUUGUAUGAAGUCAGCUCACUUCUAAUGUCAUUGCAAAUCUUAUUAGCAGAACCAAAUAAUGACAGCCCUCUCAAUGUUCAAGCUGCGGAACUGUGGUCAAACCAAGCUGCAUACAAGAAGACAGUACUAGAGAAAUAUCAUAAAGCGACAUCAAAAUGAAUGUGUGGGACAUUGUGAUUUCUUUAUGUGACAGAUUAUAUUUAUUACAGACUAUAACCAGUAAUGGCCAACUGUAGAAAUGUACAUAAUGUAGAUAAAAUGAACGAAAUCAUCUUCCACUGAAUAAAAAAAAAACCUAAUAGGCAAUGAUGUACAAAAACAUGAGUGACAAUUAACAAAUGAGAUAAAAUAUCCUCUUUUACUUAGAGAUGGAUGGUUUAUUGCAUUUGUCAUGAUUGUGAUUGCUGCAAUUUCUGUGAGAAUGUUGAACCUUUGUUUAUAACUAGUGUAGUCCUAUUUUCAAUAGCUUCAGAAAUAGAAUGUGUACGUAUUUCAUGUGUAUCAAUUAUUGAUUCGGAAAACACUGAAAUAGACAUAUUUUUAAGGAACUUACCAUUUCAUUUAGAUAUAAAUAUUUGAAAAAUCAACAUUCUAAACAGUAAUAUUUUUCAUGUUAGUGACAAGGAAUCUUGACUGUUCUGGAUUUGUGAAAAGUGUCAGAGAAAAGGCUUGGAACUUGGAAUUAUUUUCCCGAAUAGGUGGAAUACUAGUAUUAUCAGGGUUCAUACUGAUCAAUUUUCUGGAAAUUCAUGAAAAAUCAGUGAUCCAAGUAUUCUCUUGCUUCAUGGCUUUCAAAUAAACAUUGGAACUCUUUAUAUCAUUUCAGUGCGUCAUGGAGGACUGGAAGUUUUCUGCUCUAGAAUGUCAUAUAGAAUACAUUUAUUUUCAUGAAUUGUUCUACGUCUAGGUUUCAAUAAACUACUCCAUGACAGUACUUUUAUGUUUUCAUCAAAACGUACAAAUUUGAAAGAAGCAAGGCAUUGAUUUAACUUCUUUACACAUAACCAAACUUGAUUUUGCCAUUGUUUCUAUUUCAAGUUAAUUUUCAACCAUGUCAAAGUGCUCAAAAUGCAAUUAUACCUUUUGUGCCAUCAUCAUUUGUUAUUGUUCACUCAAAGGCAUAUAGGAUAACUUUACAAAGGUCUUAUUUAAAGUUAAUAUUGUUCAUAUGGACUAGAAAAACACCCAGGAUGAAAAAAAAUCAAAUAUGUGUAAACACUUUCAAGAUAUCUGACUGAAAAAUCAUCAUUUACUAAAUCUGUGGAGAUUAGUUAAACGUGAUAGUGUAUGGGAUGAAAUUAAGAGGGUGUUCCCAAACAAUUUAUAUCUCACAUUUUAUGAUUUUUUUUUUCUGGGCUUCAUUUUUAUAACAUAUCACUGACACUUGAAAAAUGGGACCUUGCAGCUCUGAUUUUUAAAAAUCAAACCAAUGUUUACCUAUGCCUCUAAGAUGAUGUAUUUUGUACUUUUUUCCAUAUCAUUGUGCUCUAAAUGUACACAGUUUGUUUCCAUUGUCAGUUUCAUACAAUGCAUUCAACUCAAAACAGAAUGUCUUUUCUUUUCAAUGUUGAAUAAUCAUGAAGAGUGAAAUCAUGCAUUUAAGAAUGAAAUGAUUUUAUUUUGCAUUAACCAAUAAUUCAAUGAAAAAUGCCUGUAAUGCCUGGUUUCUUUUUCGGGAGGAGGGGGGGGGGGGGGUAAGGUAGUUGAUUUAAGAAAUAUAUAUCAUUCGUAUUUUUUUUAAUGACAUGAACAUAUCGUUGAAUCACAUAAGUCGCGAGAUUUGUGUUUCAGCUUUAAUGCCAUGCCAGAGGUCUAUCUGUGCCUGCAUUAUUUUGUAUCCAGUGUCCAUUCCAGUUGGGCUGGAACAAUUUGAGGACCAUUUCAUAAAUAAUUGUCAGCACACACAAAAAAAUACAUUCUCUGUCUGUUGCCAUAGAAACAAUCAGAGGCCAGUGAUUCUCAGCCAAUCAAUGACGUCUAAUUUAGUCAUCGCCGACAGUUGUCGGUGGACAAAUGUUACACCCCCUGAUCAGAAGUAUACUGGUUGGAUGGACGAUUGUGUGUUAACAAUGGUCCAUCCCAGGGACCUGUUGCAUGAAGAGAUGCUAUCAAAUGCAACUCCAAUAAUUGAACACAAUUUGAUAAUAAAUUAAUCAUAAACACACAUUUAUGACUUGUAAGGUGUGUUUUAUUGCAACUCUUCCUGCAAGAUAUUAAUACCAAAAAAAAAACAUUUAGCAAUGUGUCCAUCUUUUUAUUGCAAGUUAAUUGUCACAACUUUUAUGAAACAAUGGUCCCGAUGUGUGGUUGAUACACAUGUGUUGUAAUUUAGUUUCACAUGGCUUCAAUUUAUUUGUAAUAAUUUCUCGAGAACCUAACAGAAUUCUGCAUCAUUUUCAAUCUUAGACUCAGAGGCUAAAUUUGAAAUAUCGCAGAGAUAAUUUUUCCUUUCAUAUAUAAAAAUAUGUUUUACCCCAAUUUAAUGAGAGCACUGUAUUUGAAAAAAAGUGUAUGGAUAUUUUUUUAAAUCAUAUUUUUUAACCAACUAUGGUGUAAUCUUGUUUCAAUUUCUAUUUUAAGUGAAUCUUAGUCGCAUACAACUUCCACACAAUUAUAUGUUACGUGGUGUUUGAACUCAUUUCUCACUCGUAUACAACCACUCGAACCAGUGAUUUAUUACAAUAUCUUGCAAUGCUGCCGAUAAUUUGAUCAUUCAUCUUAAAGUUGGCUGUAUGCCAUGGGGAAUAUAUUUCACUUGUCCAUGGUAAACAACUGAAUAUGUGUGUGUGAGUGUCAUUUUAUAAUGUUUUUCUAUGUAUGAGUAAAAUAAAUAUGUUUAAAUUGAAA